UUUAUCUGCAUUUGCGAUCCAUGGAUCACCUGCUUUCUUACUAACAUCUCUUGAUGUGAGGAAAACUUCUCUCCAAAAAAACAGCUUCUACCUUUGAUAAUGCAAACUCAAAUAUUUCUGUUUCUCACUCUUGUUGGGCAAAUAGUGGCUGAAAAACCUCCUGAUCUGCAGUGUGUGGUGAUUAGCUUGGAAAAUGUUCUCUGUUCCUGGAACCUGUGGGGGACUCCAGACAUCAAUUACACUUUUUCGAGCCGGUUUGAAGGAGAGGAGGAAAGUAGCUGUGCUGAAUAUCUGUUAGAGAACGGAAUAAACAUUGGAUGUAGGCGUCCCUACACCAAACUCCAGAGAUUCGACACAUUUUACACCAAACUGAGCGACGGCAGUCAGGUGUUUCAGAAGGAACAUGAACUUAAAAGGAAAGUGAAAUUAAACCCACCAACCAACGUGACGGUAAAGAAUGGAUCUGACUCUAACCUGUGUUUUUACUGGAACCAGAAUGGCUUCACAUGUGUAGAAAGCCAAGUACGAAUCAGAAUCGACAACAACGACUGGGAGCUUUUGUCAGUGUUUCAUAGGCAGAGUUAUUGCCAAAGCUUGCCCUCCAGCAGCUCCAGAUAUGAGCUGCAGGUGAGGAGCAAAUUAAAGAGAGACUGUGGAGACUCUGAAUAUUGGAGCGACUGGAGCGAGCCUGUGGUCUGGGGAUUCAAUAACACCACAGAGCCUGCUGCUCCUUCUGCCUUGAGCUACCAUGUGUGAGCUGACUGAUUUAUUAACUCUGCAGGAUGAAUGGCAAAGAUAUGGUGAAGACAUUGAGAAAAUGGCUCUGAGAUUAAACCCAUGACAGCUGUAACCUGGACUAUUAGCUCCUAAAAUGGUCCUCU